AUGAGUGCCUCACUGACGUGGCGCACAUUUGUGCGCCGAAUAGAAAAUAUGGAAUUUGAGAGCAAAUUACGGCUGAUUCGAAGGUAUCCGAAGCGAAGAUUGGCCAUUAUCGCGGCCGUUUGCCUCUUUUUCAUUUUCGUCUUCUCGCGGAGCACUCAAACGGGCGGCACGGCCACCAAGGAGCAGCAGUGUUCGGCGGAGAAGCUGAAAUUGUGGGAAAAAGAGAUUGAGGUGAGUUUUCUUUCCCCGAAAAAACCCGCUAAAAUUCACCCAGUUUUCAGGAAUUCGACACCGGAAUUCACAACGAUAGUGUCGAGUUCGUCGGCAACGGCUUCUUCGGCGUGGAUUCACUGGGCCAACUGCGAAUUCAGGAGAAAAAUCGGGUUCUGGACGUGGAAACAAAUUUUUAUCCGGCUCUCUCUGUUGAAAUCGACGGAAAUCAGCCGGUGGAGGUGACGAAAAUGACGGAUUUCAAGAACGGACUCUUCAAAAUCAUGCGCUGCUUUUCUAUUGUAAGAAUUGAUUGAAUGAGAUAUUGGGAAAAACAUCGAAAAAUGAAAUUCUUUUGCAGGACGGAGAAUGCGCUUGCGUAAUUUCUCAAUUAUACGCUCACAGGACACGAACCAAUUAUUUUGUGCAAAUUGUGCAAAUUUCCAAUCCCACGGUAGGUGUUUCAGCAUUUUUUCAAAAAAUCCCCAAAUAUUCCAGAAAUCGACAGUCCGUCUCAAUUUGUCCCGGCUGAGCUCCAACUGGUGGUCCCACUCGAAAUCCGGCGAAUUGGCAGUGAGCCAACGACAAAUCGGCGGAACGUCCUAUGCGAUCGUUUGUACGGAUCCGCCCGGAAAAGUUACCGUUUCUCAGAAAAGGUUGGCGAAAUUUUUUCGUCUAAAAUAGAUGAAGAGUGGCGGAAAUUGCAGAGAAGAAUCGCUGCGCUUCACGUGCUCGAUCGCGUCGAAACCGACGUCCGAAGAGGCUUCUCGUGAUGCGAUCCGCCUAUUUCAGUCGGGAAAAGACGCGAAAACGCUGGAUUCGGAGCACUUCGAGGGCUGGUCGAAAAUGCAUUUGAGCGGGUUCUCGGUGGCUCCGUCGAAGGCGCCGAACACGUUGAACGGAGACCGGAUCAACGCGACCAAGUACAUUUUGAUGAGCAAUUUGAGGGCGCCGACCAUCGAGUACGGGACCACCAUUGAGACGGUCAAGGUUUGCCAUUUUACGGAUUUUCUGGAUCUAAAUAACACAAUUUGAUGAAACGGGCUCAAUCAAAUGCCUUGCACUCUGCGUUUUUCUAUCAAUUUCCACUGAAACCGGGAAAAUUCAUGUGAAAUUAAAUUGAAAUGCUUCCAAUGAAAUGCUUCAGACUCUGGAAACGACGGCGCGAAAGAGUGAACUGUGCUACACGGGCCACUCGAACCUUCUCUUCCCGUCCCGAUUGUGGUCCGACUGGGAUACGCCGUCGAAAUUGAUCGAACUGAUGAACACGUGGAUGGUGACGUUCCAGAAGCGGGGAUGCUCCAAUCUCGUGAGCACCGGAGCUCUCGGCGCCUCACAGGUACCGUUUUUGAUUCAAGAGAAAUAGCUCAAAAAUGGUGUUUGUGCUUGUUCAGGCAUUUGUGCAGUCGCUGACCGCCUCGAGUUACCAUGAUUCGCAUCUGGAAGUGGCCCUCGACGCACACGAUUUGCACAGGGAAAUGAGUUUUCACGGAAUUCCCGUCCAUUCUAAUAUGGGAACGGUCGGGACGAUUCGAGUGGACAUCCGCCUCGACAAAGAGAAUCGACCCUAUUUCAUGGUGAAUUUUUGAACAAAGUGUGAAUUGAGAUUCAGUGGAAAAAUCACAAAAAUCCAAUUCGAUUUAUCAACAAACAAUGUUUUUUUUACAGUUUCAAAAAAUGCUAAAAAAUUUUGGGUUUCUUGUACUUUCCAGUUUCGUUUUUAUUAGAUUUUCAGAAACAAUUGUUCAGGUUUCCUCGUCGAAUCAAUUGUUCGCCUGUGAUGGAGGAUGUCUCGACAACCCGGUCUCGCUUGGAAAAACGCCCACGGAAUUGCCGGUCAAGGUAAAAUUGUCGGGAUUAUUUGACAUGCUCCCUGCGAAAUUGCAUACAUUUUCACAAAUUUGUCAGGUAACGAAGCCGGCGACGUCGCUUCUCUACAUUGCCCCGUCGCGACGUCAUCUGGAGCUGCUCAAGUCGGCGAUCCACGUGUCGGAAGUGGGAUCGGCGCCCGCGCACGAGGACGACGUCAUCGAAAUGCACAGAUCGGGCGACAAGACGAGCGGAGGCCUUCCGACCGUCUUCUGGGUCAUUAUUGUCAUUAUUAUCAUCGCUUUCCACCUAUUUCUGGCCAAGAUCUUCUGGAGCGAGUGGCGGAAAGGCGACAUGACGCCCUAUAAUCCGUACCUGAGAAAUCGGUACUCCUCUCUGAGACCCCAUUAGAAAAUUGUGCAUUUUCCCGAUAUUUCCCGUGUACAUAUAGGUAACCUGACCUGUUUUUAUCCAUAAUUUAUGCUAUUUUUUGCCGUUUUUCUUAUGUAAACAAUAUUGCAAAUACAGGUAGAGUAACGCUUUUUUAGUCUCGAAAAGAAUUGAUACGGUUUGUGUGGCGCCUCUUCUUUAUAUUCCUUGUGAUGGGUCAUUUUUUCGAUAAACAAUUUUUCCCCAUUUUUUCGAUCAAUGUCUAGUUGAUUACGGUACGUUUGGUCCGGAAUUGAUACUGUGCAAUUGUUGUGAUACUAUUCUUUUUUUCGGUUUCAAAAAAGGCACAUUUCAUUUUUAACGUUUCAAAUAGUGUUUUUCCAUAUUGAACGUAGUUUUUUGGCGUUCUUCAUCUCAAUCGGUGAUAUUGAUGUUUUAAAAAUGACACGGAGAGGCCACGUUCUACCUCAAAACGGUAAAAGUUAGGGUCGACAUGCAAAUGACUCAUUUCUCUGUCUGUUUUCGAUCAUCGCCGGCUCCUAUCUCAUUUUGCGUCCCUUUCCAUCAUUUCCUCCCUUUAUUUCGUCGGCGCCGCUCAAAAGCACUCUCUUGUGGACGAGAGAGAGAGAGUGUCGGAAAUCGAGAGACGGCGAGAAAUUGUGGGGCGCCGGGACGCGAGGGACCGUCUGUUCGUCUGCGUUCAAUGAAUGUCCGAGGAAUUUCGCAAUAGAACUAUGUUUAGGCUCUUUUCAUUUUUUUUUUUUUUUUUGGAAUCUAUUGGAAUAAUCAGAUUUUGGCUAAAAAAUUUAAAACCAUUGGCUCAAGGCAUCGGCGCUCCACCGCUCUCACUCGAAUCUUUCAUUUUUCGCGCCGAAAGAGCGUUAAGCGAGGGAAACAGUUCAGUGUGUGAGUGUCUGCGUCUCUCGACCUCCGAGUACUCUCUCGUUCUGAUCCGGCGGCAAGGUCUCUAUUGUAAAUACUUUCGGGCCUUUUCUCCGUUCUCUUUCUCUCUCGCUUACUCGGCUAAAGAGUUCCCCCCACUACAUUUAUCAUCUUUCUCUCUCUUUCUCUCUCUUUUGACUAGAGAGAGAGAGAGAGAGAGAGAGAGAGAGGAAAACAGUUAGUACAAAUACAUAGACCUCCUGCCCAUGUUCCCCUCCAGUUGUACACAUUUCAAAAGAUACUCAAAUUAAUUUUUGAAAAAAAUGGCCAUCCUCCUUCUUUUUUUGGCUAAAAUCACGCUCCUAUUCACCAUUCCCUUCAUUUUUUACCACAAAAAAGAGGCGAUGUUUCAUGGCGAUGUCCUUCACAGAUAUAACCUUUUCCAUCUGUUUCAACAUCAUCCACACAAACUUUUUCCGUUUCAAAAUGACUAUGGAAGUUGUUGUUUUUCGAAAAAUGUCAUCCAUAACCAAGCUCUUUCUAAUUUUCGAGCUAGCCACAAACAUUUGUCCAACCUUUGUCGAUUGUGACUUUGUUGAAUUUUCCCCACACUUUUUCAAUGAAAUGAAUUUCAAAUUGCAGUAUGGCGGCCGAACAGAGACGUCUCGAAAUCGAGCGAAAGAAGCAGAAGCUGGCGGAGCUUCGGUCGCAACGAGGCCGAAACGAGGAGGCGCGUGUGCAACAACUGCUCGGACCGGCCGCCGGAUCGGAAAAUGGACACGUGAACGGCGGAGCGGCACACAGACAGACACUCACCUCCAAUCAGGUCAGAGCGCAUUCGAAUCGGACAGAAAUGGUGCAAAUUUGGGGGAAAUCGGUCGACGGCCUGGUCUCUUGACACACAAUUGAAGUAUAUUGGGACCAAGUUUGAGACCGAUCGGAUCAUCCGGUCCCGAGAAGGCCGCAAUUUCCGCAGAAACCCGGUCUUUGUGGCCAUAGAUCCACAUAUCUCGGGACCAGAUGAUCCAAUCGGUCUGAAACUUGGACCCAACAUACUUACGUUCAACUCCAAAAGGCCAGCAAAGUUUCGGUCCGUUCGAACAAUUGCAAGUGGGUGAAGAGUAUUUGCCCAGCCUUGAAAACCUCCCAAAAAAUGCAAAACGAGCUCAUUUCCAGGUGGAGGAGAUUCUACGCGAAGUGGGCAUCGACGCGGAGCCGACAGUGCGCGCGGAGCCGCCGGAAGUGCGUGCGAACCACGCGGAAAACCACGUGGACGGUCCAUCGCUGACGGCGAGCAUGUCCGCGAGUGUUUCCGCGCGGAUGGCCGCCGAGUUGGAGUUCUCUGCGGUUCAGACGGCCACCACUGACAACAAGGACUCGGUGAGUUGCGGAAGUCUGAAGACAGUAGGCUUGGAAAUUGUCCUUAAAACUGUUGGAUUUUUUCCCCGUUUUGCUUUGAAACUGUAAUUUUUAAUGUAAGAAACGUAUUUUUCGAAGGCAAUCUACUCAAAAGGCACACAAACAGACGACGAGCGCAUUUCGGUGGGCGAAUUCUCGUUAGGCAGCCAGGAAUUCGACUAUGACGACGAUUUGGGCAUGAUGGAGCACGGUCAGUUCAGAGGUUCGUGCAUGCUCUCUUCUUUUUCAAAAAAUGGGAUUUUACUUGAUGUUUGGGACCUUAGUCGCACUCGAUUUGAUAGGAAGAAUCGAUCCGAAAUUCUGAAUAAUACAUUUAAAAAAUGCAUUGUAAAAUUGUAAUAAAUGUCUUGGCACUUUUUGAAACUUUAAUUUAUUGAAACAAAAACAAUGCAUCAGUUUCAGUUCCGACUCGAGUUUUAAAUCAUUAAAAUAAUUAACGUUGCUCCACUUUUUCCAGGCCGCGCGUUCUCGCACGACCAAGAAUCGCCGUUGCCGGCCGAGGAGAUUGCAAAAUUGCUGGCACAAGCGAGACAAACGGACAAACCGCUGCAGAGGGCCGAUUCGGAAGAGCACACGAUCGGAGGGACGAAGAAAUCGCAGGCGGUGCAGGCAGUUCCGCCGCUUUCCGACGAGGAGAAGAGCCGAUUGACUCUCGAUCCCGAGUUCCUGGUUGGUUUGGGAUUUUUUAUGCUAAUGUCUAGAGAUAUUUCUUUUGCCCUUCAUUGACUGGAGUUGGAAUGAUGUGUCUCACUAUGUAAGUUCAAUGAAACAGUGAGAACAUAUUUACCAAAAAAAAGGUUAACGAGUUUCAAAAACUCUUUUUGACUGUCGGCUUUAUUUGGAUAGAAAGUGAGUAGCAUUGAAGAAUACUGUUCCACAUUUUGGGGAAGUUUCUGAUAUGUGCAGGGAACGACGUAAAUCGUAAGUAUCGUUUAUUAAAGACUAUAUAACUCAGCUGCCGGUAGGGAUAUCAGAAUACUAAGGUGGACAGUUUGCCGACAAAAUUAGUGUCGGAAACGAUGAAAAAUAGGGCUAAAAAUGCGCCUCUUUUCCAGGACUCGUUCCACCGUUCGUGCCGAGUGAUCGGACGGGCCCUCAACGAGGACAUUGACAUUUUCAUAAACUACACGAAGGAUCCGUACGAGAAGGCGGUCGCCUCGGACGAUUUGCUCCACCUGGCACAGGUCUACACCGACGAGAUGUGGACUGCCAAGCGGCUCGUCACCGGAAUGGCCUUCUCCGAACACUAUCCCGAUCUCCUCGCCGUCUCCUAUGGGGUACGCGAUUUUUGAGGAUUUUUAAACGACUGCAAAUCGAAUAAUUUUUGAAGAAUUACUGUUUCACUUUAAAAACUUUGAUGAUCAAAUUCAGAGUCCAGCAUCAUCAAUUUAAAAAUAAGUGAUUUUGCAGCCAUGCGACGUUCCGAAUGAGCCGCCAGGAGUGAUUGUCGUCUGGAAUACCAAAUCGAAGCGCAUCACUGCGGAGUACGUUUUCACCUCUAUAAGGGAGCUAAGAAUCUUGAUAAUAAUUGCAUUUUAUGCAGAUUCAUCGUCUACUGCCAAUCGGAAAUACAAUCGGUCGCGUUCGCCCGUUUCCACGCGCAUCUCCUGUUGGCCGGAUGCGAAUCCGGACAGAUUUGUGUGUGGGACAACCGGUUGACGAGCAGAAAAUUGCCUAUUAACAGGGUAAGCGUUUGAAUGAGUUUUUCUGAGAAGAAGUAUGCAUUUAUUUAGCGCUAUUUACCGAAUUUGAGUUUGUAACUUGAGUAAUUUAAUUUAAAAAAAAAACAACAACAUUUGAAAAAAUAUUACAUGAAACGGGAAACAUUGUUGAAAAAUCAACAGAUUUAUUUGAUUGAAGGACCACAUCUUCUUAGACAAUAACACAAGAAAAACGGGUUAAAAUUUCAAAAUUUGCAGAGUCCCCUGUCGACGCAGGCCCACACACAGCCAGUCUCGUGUCUGGCGGUGGUCGGCACCCGCAACGCGCACAAUUUCGUCUCUCUGAGCAGAGACGGAAAGAUUUGCAGCUGGAAUGUGGACAAUUUGACGCAGCCUGUCGACGGAAAAGAUUUGGUCACGAAGGAGGGCAAAACUGUGCGUUUUUUUUCGAAUUUUUUCGCUCGGAAAUGUUUUUGAAUUGAAGUGUUGUUUAUUUGCGCAAAAGAUGAUAAGUCGGAUCAUUAAUAGGUAAAACAGGCAAAUGAACGAUAAAAUUAUCAAUUGGGCCUGCAAUAGUCCAGUAGAUCAAGUAGGGGAACGGUAGACAGUUAAAGGCGCAUAUCAUCAAAUUUAUUUCUAGGCUCUCUCUCUCUUGUACCGCGCAAAUGGUAUUUCUCACGUCCCCAGAUUUUUGCUCCGCUUCAAUUUUCAAAUGUCUGAUAGUAAAACCCCAUAUGGGCCCAUUUUUAAGCACGAAGAUUAAUAUUUCAGUGGAAAAUCACUAUUGUUUUCUUCGCAGAAUCUGCACUUUUUAAAGCAUUAAACCGAUUUUUUGUAGGCCUCAGCCACGCGAAUGUCGUUCCCAAUCGGCGAAAUGCAGACAUUUGUGGUCGGAACAGACACUGGCGAGAUCCUGGCCGCGUCGAGGAACGGAGCCGAUCCGGCGGUUAUCAAGACGGACGUCUGCUACAAAGGUUCGUCGGUUCGAAGUCUUGUAAAUUCAGUAAAAAGCUUGGCAAAGAAACGGAACUGUAGCUAGUGGUAUGAACUUUACGAAAAAGAUGUUCAACAAAAUGUGAAUAAAUGGAGCUGUAACCUAUGACACGGUGGUAAUAUUAAUUGUUGCAGGACACAGCGGCACCUUGACGGGCAUCGAGUUCCACCGCGCGUCGGGCGUCGUCGACUUCUCGCACCUCUUCAUCUCCUCUUCUCACGACUGGACGAUCAAAUUGUGGAGCACAAAGGACGCGAACCUCAAAUUCUCGUUCGAAUCGCAUCCGGAUCUCGUGCUCGACGUCGCCUGGUCUCCAGUCCAUCCGGCCGUCUUCGCGUCCAUAGAUGCCGACGGAAAUGUGAGAAACUUGAACUUAUUGCAAAAAUGAAAAAUGUAUUGAAGGGCUCCAUAAAUCAUGGUGAAGUACAAAGAUUUUUGAAACUGCAACUCUUUUGAAUCAAUUUGUUACAUUUUUUUUAGCUGUUCGUCUGGAACCUGAACGAGGACGUCGAGGGUCCGGUGGCCCGUCUGCGAGCCGGAAACGAGGGAGAGACUGUCUACAUGAAUCGGUUGAUUUGGUCCCCCGAUGGUACGUUUUUCAAAAUUUAAAAAAAAAAACAGGGCUGGGUUUCGGCCCAGGCUUUUUGAAGGCCUGGACUUUUGACCCACUUGCAAAAUUCCUUAGACUUGAAUUAAUGUACCGAUCCGAUCGCCUGGUCCCGAGAUACGUGGAUCGGAUGCCGAACAGGUCGGGUUUUUUGCGAAAAUUGCGGUCCUUUCUGCCUCUGGUCCACAUAUCUCGGGGCCAGACUGGUCUGAAACUUGAACCCAGAAGAAUCCUGCAAAGUUUGGUCCCGAUCGGAUAAUUGCAAGUGGGUCAAAAGUCCAGGCCUCCAAAAAGCCUGGGCCGGCCUUUUGCGCCCAGUCCUGGCUUUUUAUGAGUUUUUGUGCAUUCCCACUGUUUCGCUGAACCAACAUCUUUUUUUUUCCUGCUUUUGCAAUGUCAAUCUGUAGACUGAUCGGGAAUUUUCAGGAAAACACGUGUUUGUGGGCGACGACGAGGGCCGCGUGCACAUGUACGACGUGCGGGAGAGUUUGUACGUGUUGAAGAGCGAAGAAUGGAAUCGCUUUGCCAGGUUCGCCAUUCGUUUUUCGAGUUUAUGCGAUUUAUAGACAAUCUCUCUUUAAAGGAUCAGGCAACCCUCAGAUUUUUCUGAAUUGCCUCUUAUUGCCACCUAGACUGUCCGUGUGUCAACUCUCGGAAAUGCUGAUAAACGGAACAGCGCGCAGUUAAACUUGUUGCCAUGGCCUAGAAAACUCUGGUGUGAUUUUCCUAGGCCACGGCCACAAUUUCAACUGCGCGCUGUUCCGUUUAUGGUGAAUGUGGCAAACUCGCACGGUUCCGUGGUCCUUUAAACUUCUCCGAAUUGCUAGAAUUUCUGUAAUUGUAAUAUUCAAGCUCUAUAUUUUCAGGGUGCUAUCGGACAUGAAAGAAUCGAACGAGGAGGCUGAAAAAUAUAACUUGUAG